UGCUGGCUGGAGUGUUGUUUAUUUUCUAUCGUUUCUCCUUUGUGGUUCCCCUUCGCAAACUGUUGCACAAAUUUUUGUUGCCCGCCGACCGAGAGCUAGCCGCACAAUACCCGCCGUGAAUUAAAAAGUGUACACCGCCCUGAACAAAAUUGUUGACAGCUCCAUUGUUUAAAUUCAUACUUUCAGGAAAAUCUGAAAUCGAUUUCCCAAUUUUCUUUGAAUUUUCCUCUUAAAUCGCUUAAAAAUGAGCAACCAACCCACACAAUAUGGAAUCCAGAGUACGGCUGGUGCCAUCCCAGUCCGGAAUCCCAAAGGUGAACUUUCUAUGCAGAAAGUGAAGGUCCAUCGAUAUGUUUCGGGAAAACGUCCGGAAUACGCACAAAGGGCCAGCAGCGAUGAGGAAACGGAUGACGAUGAUUUUAUCGACACGCGUCGGGCAGCGGAAGAGCACUACCACUAUCAGCAACGGGAAGCGCGCCAUCGAAGGCAGCAGCAGCAGCAGGAAGAUUCUGACGACGACGAUGAAGAUGGACACGACCUGCAGGAUGAAAUCGAUGAUCCCAGAAUCCGUCGUCUACAGGCAAUCCGUGCUAUGGAAGCAGAUGAGGUGGAAAAAGAGCGCCGUGAAAGACAUCGGGUCAUCCAAGCACCAGAACUGGUCGAGUCCGAGGAAGAAGCCGAGGAAGAUGAUGAAAUGCCCAUGGAAGAACCGGAACAGCAUUUCCGUCAUCGUCAGCGUCCCGAGGAGUCCGAGGAGGAAGAGGAUGAGGACAAUCACGCGGCAGAGUACGGCGGAGAAGGAAGUGGAAUGGUCUCUCGAAGAAGGAUUUCCGUUGGAUCAGAAUCGGAAUCGGAAACGGAACUUAGCGACACGGAAAUCGAACGCCGUAGACAAAUGCUGAAAUUGAAAAUGCUGCUACAGAAAAAGGAAGAAGAGGUUCUGCAAAAAGAAGAGGAAGGUCAAUCCGAUACAUCCGAAUCAGAAAGUUCCGAGUAUGAGGAAACCGAAAGUGAGGAAGAAAAUGAACCAAGGUUGAAACCGUUGUUUGUCCGGAAGAAGGAUCGCACCACCAUAAUCGAGAAAGAACGCGAGGCCAACAAGCAGAGGCAACUGGAAUAUGAAUCAAAGAAAGCGGCCAAGGAGCGUCGCCGCAAUACAUUAAAGCUGGUCGAGGACAGCAUCAAGAAGGACAUGGAACAGGCCAAGGUGGACAAUGAGCCGAACCUGAACGACGUUAACACAGACGAUGAAAAUGAUGAAGUUGAGUAUGAGGCUUGGAAGUUGCGAGAACUGAAACGCAUCAAACGUGACCGGGAAGAGAAGGAAGCCCUCGAGAAGGAAAAGACCGAAAUCGAACGGCUACGCAAUAUGACCGAAGACGAGCGGCGUCAAGAUCAGCGUCUCAAUCCCAAACAAAUCACAAACAAAAACGUCAAGGGCAAGUACAAGUUUCUGCAGAAAUAUUAUCAUCGGGGUGCGUUCUACCUGGACAAGGAAGACGAGGUUUACAAACAGGACUUCUCAACACCAACACUGGAAGAUCACUUUGACAAGACAAUCUUGCCGAAGGUUAUGCAGGUCAAGAACUUUGGACGAUGUGGUCGCACCAAGUACACCCAUCUGGUGGAUCAAGACACGACCAAAUUCGACUCGCCCUGGUUUAACGACACGACAAACAAUGUUAAAUUCCACAACGAGCGCGCCGGCGGGAUGAAACAAGUUUUCGAUAAACCUACUCUGUACAAGAACAAAAGAGAUCUUUAGAAUGUGGGAACAGUUUUAUUCUUAGUAUCUAGAAUAUAAUGUACCUUAAAUAUGCUAUUUUAUGAUUAUAAAAAAAUAAUUGUAUUCCUUUAAAAA